UUACUCAGUCAUGAGCUCAGGGAGCGCGGCGUGAGGAGCAGCGGCGAGUGCCAUGCAGGGCUCCUGCUGGCCCGGGGUGGCUCCGAGGGGACACUGUGGGCACAGCCCGGCUCGGCAGCCGCACGGCUGCGGGCUCUGAGACCCCGGGGUGGGCAUGAAAUAAGUGCUGCCGGAGCCACCGCGCUCCCGGCGGAGCCCGAGCCGCUCCGGGACCGGGACGGGAUGCGUUGGUUCUGAGCGGCGGCCUGGGUUGUGUCUGACCCAGCUCGGCACGGCUCAGCUGCUCUCCCCGCUGCGCCGAGGAGCGGGUGGGCGGCAGGGAUGAAGCAGAAGUGAAUGUGGGAUGCGGAGCCGCGGCUUCCCGGGAGCGAAACUCGCUGGAUGUUCUCAGGGUUGGAGAUCUCCACCACGCUGGUGAUGUUCAGCCCGUCCUCUGCCGUGAGCCCGUGCACCUCCCCGCGGGUGCCCCAGGCCGUGCCCAUGGACCUGCGGAUCGGGCAGCGCGUGGUCAAGCCCCAGGACUCGGCGCUGCUGGCCCUGAAGCAGCAGCAGCUGCAGCACCAGCUCUUCCUGGCCAGCCUGCACCAGCAGCAAGUGGAGCAGCUCACCCACCAGCACGUCAGGGUGGCCAUGGAGUCCCCGCACCGCGAGGCUGAGCCGGGCCAGCAGGAGCAGGAGCUGCGGCAGAUCCUCAACAAGGACAAGAGCAAGCGCAGUGCCGUGGCCAGCACGGUGGUGAAGCAGAAGUUGGCCGAGGUCAUCCUGAAGAAGCAGCAGGCGGCUCUGGAGAGGACCAGCAACGCCCCCGCUGCAGCCCUGCCCUACAGGUCCCUGGAGCCUCUGGAGCCCGAGGGUCCCUCCCCUGCCAUGCUCAGCACGUUCCUGUCCCCCGUGCCCAGCACGGCUCUCGACACCCCCGAGCAUUUCCCGCUGCGGAAAACAGCGUCCGAGCCCAACCUGAAGGUUCGGUGCAAGCCCAGGAAGUGCCUGGACCGGCGCAAGAACCCCCUGACCCGCAAGGAGAGCGCUCCCCCCUCGCUGAAGAGGCGCCCGCCCGACGCCAUCGACUCGUCCCCCAGCAGCAGCAGCACCCCGGUGUCGGGCUGCAGCUCUCCCAACGACAGCCUGCCCGCCGAGCACGCGGCGCUGCCCGCCGCCCCGGGCGUGGCCCACGAGACGCCCCUGGCCCAGCGGCUGAUGAUGCAGGAGAGCUCCCUGGCCCAGUUUGCCCUGCAGAGCGCGGCCUCGCUGCCGGCCAUCACCCUGGGCCUGCCGGCCACCACCGGUGCCAGGGGCGAUGCGGAGCGCCGGGCGCUGCCCGGCCUGGCUCACCGGGUGCCGGUGCUGAACGGGCCGGUGCUCCCGGGCACGCACUCGCCCGUCUUCAUCCCGGCCGGCCUGGAGCAGCACGAGGCGGGCAGUGCCCUGUCCCCUCGGCUGCAGCCCGUCAUCAUCCUCGAGCCCUCGGUCACCCACGCUCCGCUGGUGGCGGUGCCGGGCCUGGGCACCGUGCCCUUGUCGCUGGCGCCGUCGCUGGUGCCCGCGGAGCGCCUGGCGCUGCCGGGCCAGCACAAGCCGCUGGGCAGGACCCGCUCGGAGCCGCUGCCGCCCAGCCCGCGGGCCGUGCAGCAGCACCUGCUCUUCCAGCAGCACCACGCGCAUUUCCUGCGCCAGCAGCCGCACCUGGGCAAGGUGGGCGCUGGCCCCGGCGAGGGCUUCAACGUCAACGUGGCCUGGGCUGGAGGGCUCGACCCGCCCAUGGGGGACCCCGAGUACCUGGCUGCCUUCAGGACCGUGGUGAUGCCCAUCGCCCACGAGUUCUGCCCCGACGUGGUGCUGGUGUCGGCCGGCUUCGACGCAGCCGAGGGCCACCCGCCCCCCCUGGGGGGCUACAAAGUCUCUGCCAAGUGUUUUGGCUACAUGACCAAGCAGCUGAUGAGCCUGGCCGGGGGGGCCGUGGUGCUGGCGCUGGAGGGGGGCCACGACCUCACGGCCAUUUGUGACGCCUCCGAGGCCUGCGUGUCCGCCCUGCUGGGCCACGAGCCGGAGCCGCUCCCCGAGGACAGCCUAAGGCAGAAGCCCAACGCCAACGCCGUGCGCUCGCUGGAGGCCGUGAUCCAGGUCCAGAGUAAAUACUGGGUGGCCGUGCAGCGCUUCGCCUCCAAGCUGGGCUGCUCCUUCCUCGAGGCCCAGCACCACGAGGCCGACGAGGUGGAGACGGUGACGGCCCUGGCGUCGCUCUCGGUGGCCGUGAUGGUGGAGAAGAGGGCACAGGAGGAGCCGAUGGAGCAGGAGGAGCCCAUGACCCAGUGACACUUGGGGACGGUCCCCAGGCGUGGCCGGAGCCCCCGAAGAUCCCGAUCCCCGUUUGUCCCCCUCGCUCCCGAGGCCCUGGGCGGGCCAGGACUCUUGGAAGGGACAUUCCCGCAUCCAAUGGAUGGGACCACGGACAGCCCGAGCCCGGACCGUGCCUGCAGCCCCCUCCCCCCCGUUUUGGGACCCCUCGAGUGGGGUGGAACCCCCCCAGCCCUGCG